UACGAAUGCUGCACCUCGAAAAAAAAAAAAAAAGAAGUCAAAGGAGGUUGACAAUUGAAAAUAGGGAGAAGAAAAUGUUGCGGGGAGAAAGAGAGCAGGCGAGGUUUGCUCUGCUGGAGGACCGGGAAAGGAAAACCACAGGAAGGAGAGAGAUGGAGGGAAGCGGAGAGAGAGAGAGAGAGAGAGAGAGAGCGAGCAAAAGAGACGAGUAAAUAGAAGGCGAGGGAGAGGCCUCAUCGGGGUGCCAUGGAAGGUUUCCUGUAUGUAUGUACUGUACAUAUGCUGCGCGGACACAUACACGCACGCACCGCACGUGCACAGAGGGGCAGAGGUGGCAAAGCUGGGCUGCAGACACUAAACACCAUGUUGUCCUCGGACGAGCCGCUGGACCUGAAGCUUCCCUCGGGACGGACGUGCUGUCCCGUCCGACUGGGCAAGAGGAGCUCGUCCUCCAUCUGCGCACCGCUCGGCGUCCACCCGCGACCGCGACUGAUUUACACGACCUUCCCGUCGCCGCCUUCCUCCCCAGACUCGCAGUCCCCGUGUCACGAGCGACCCGGAUCCUGCUUCACCCCCCCAGCCAUGGACCUCAGCCUGUCGCCAUCCUCCCGACACGCCUCCUCCCUAUCCCCUUCUCCGUCAUCCCCCUCCCCUUCGUCCCCUCCCUCGCCUCUGGAGUCCCCCCACAGCAGCAGGAGCAGCGGAAGUCCUCGGCCACACCCCUUCUUACGGGUGAGUGAGGAAGCGACGCUCCAUCGAAGAGUGGAGGGCGACGCGUCACCUCAGCGCUAUCCUUUCUAUCUGCCCAUCGCGAGCCCACCGGUCGGGUACGGCUUUCCGUCUUCCGUUUUCAAUGGUCAGAAGAGUGACAUGCAAGUCUCACCCGAGCCCUCAUUGGACGCUCAACUCGCAUGCCGCUGGAUUAAGUGCCACCUGCUGUUUGAGUCGCUGCAGGACUUGGUGGACCACAUCAACGACGCCCACGUCAAACCGGAAAAGGACUCUGGCUACUGCUGCAAGUGGCAAGGCUGCGCUCGCAACGGACGGGGCUUUAACGCCAGGUAUAAAAUGCUGAUCCACAUCCGCACGCACACCAACGAGAAGCCGCAUCAUUGCCCCACCUGCAGCAAGAGUUUCUCCCGUCUGGAGAACCUGAAGAUCCACACCCGCUCACACACAGGUGAGAAACCGUACAUCUGCCCGUACGAGGGCUGCAGCAAGCGUUACUCCAACUCCAGCGACCGCUUCAAGCACACCCGGACGCACUACGUGGACAAGCCCUACUGCUGCAAGAUGGCCGGCUGCCUGAAGCGCUACACCGACCCCAGCUCGUUGCGCAAGCACAUCAAAGCCCACGGGCACUUCGUGAGCCAGGAGCAGGGGGCCGCCCCAAAGCCGGGUGCUCUCGGCGACCGGAGUACGGCCGACCUGUCCUCCGGGGGCGGGGCCGCAAUCAUCCACCAGGGGGCGGCCGCCGCCCUCCUGGGAGGCUUGGGGACGACGCUGCCCCUGUCGGCGCUGUGCCGCCCCCGCGCGCCGCUCUUCUCCAUGGUAGGAAGAGGAGCCCUGGCACCGCUCGGCCUUGCGGACUCGCCGCUUUUUCACUUCGGACUUUCGGCGGCGUCCAUGUUGGGCCUGAGCGCUCUGGGAAGGCUGAGCUGUGCCGAGGUCGACGACGGAGCUGCGGAGCCCGAGGGGGAUGUUUUAAACCUGUCUGCGCGGGUGGCGCCCAGAAGGAGGGAUCCCCUGUCCUGGGUGGUUGUCCCUCCGAGGGCACUCCUGCUCAAACCAGCUGUUGUCAGCUAAGACGGGCCUUAAGUUUCUGUUUGUGAGGGGAUAACGGCGGGGUGCUGGUCUCAUCUGGUAUUAUUACAUCACUGCCUUUUAGUUGUUAACUCUGUGGGGCAGGGAUGAUACUUCCAAGAAGUUUCAUAUUUACCCCAUCAAAUUACCUAAAAUGUUUCACUUGUGUGUAAUAAGCGAGUUCUAACGCAGAUUUGAAUGUAAUUGUAAAAACUGGCGACACAAGUGUCGGGCCCAAUGAAAACAAAUGCUUCCAUGUAAUGGAGAGUGAUCCCUCGCUAGAUGUGGAUGAUAUGUGUGGAGGACCGAGCUGGGAACUGAAGAGGGGAAAUCUUUGGUAAUUGCCAAUAGUUGCCACAAGAUGGUGGCAAAGCACUUUUCUUUUUUCGAUUCGACAAUGCUACGGCGUAACUAAAGCUCCUCCCCUCAGUUCAACAUAGUUGCUCGGCACCAAGACGCCACCAGAGCACCCGAGCACCAAAACAGGGAAUAGGUGCGGUUUUUUUUACUAAAUAACCAAGGGUACUGUAGAUCCACAAAUUGGUGAAUUUACAAAUGCCAAACCGCGAAUAAGCAGCACAUAAAACAAGCUCCGUAAAAAAUGUCAGGCCAAAUGCGCUACAGAUGCAUUCAGAAGUAGAUAGUAAGUGUAGUACUGCCCACUUGCCAUUGCUGAACAAACAUAAUGGUUGACAAAUAUAUGAGAUCCCCUAAAAAAACGAGGAGGUAGCAUCAUGAAGCGCUUUACUGUGGACUCUUUCGAUUUCAGUGAGAUCUAAAACACAUUUCACCCCGCCUGACAUUUGAAUCAAGAACUCAUAAUUUUUUUCCAAUUUUAAUUUUUUAUAUUUUUUUUUGGGGGGGGGGGGGGCGCAAAACAGUACAUUUAAAAAUAUACAGAUGAUAAUAAUCAUGAUUAUUAAAGCUGAAAGCAGCUCACAGCACCAUAUUCGUGCCAAAUCCUCCAAAUGACAAUUAAACUUUGACCCCGUGCUCCGCCCACAUUCAGAUGCCGUAGAUUUAUUUAAAAAAAAAAAAAAAAAAGCUUGGCAAUCUAGCAUCGUCCAUCUGUCGAGUAUACCUGCUUCUGAUUGGGGCUCAUUUUGAUGAAUUCCCUCGUAGGAGUUCGUCAAUCUACGGACGCUGGAAUUUGCGCAAAUGGCUGCUUCCAACCAAAAACGUCCCCCGUUCCUGCUCAAUUUGGGUCCUGGGUCUUUGAGAAUUGUUCUGGUGCGUCUAAGUUCUGAUCAACGUGUCGACCCGAUGUGGUCUUGAUCAAUGAUACAGGUUUGGAGGGCUCAUUUUGGGGACCCCUACAAUACAUAUAUUUUCACCUGGAUACACACAUUUGGAAAAAAAUUGGUGGGUUUUCCUGCAUGUUGGGGAAUAGAUUCGUCGGAAAAACAUCAUCAUAAACAAAAUGAUUUCAAGAAGUCAUGAUAUUGCUCAACGAUAUUAUUUGUGUUAAAAAAAAUUCUACAUAGUGGUGUAAUAACCUUAAAGAAGCAUAGAAAAUGAUUAAACAUUGGAUGCUUGUACAGUACAUCUAUAGAAAUCAGCCAGUGUUCAAAAUCUUAUGACAAUUAUCUUGCACUUUUAUUGUAAUUAACCCUCCGCAAAACAGAAAUAUCAACGGAGGAUGAGAGCUUUUGAAGACUUCAUCCUGACGUCUUGUAGCGGACAAUCAACGGCCUUUUUUCGCAUUCGACAAACCUCGCAGACGCUUCUGCUCGCCCGUAUUUACAGCUUGAAACGAAAACGGGAGAAUAGAGCGGAAUCGCCGCACGGGGCGCAACGAGGAAACAGACGUGCAGCGUAAUUUAACGUAUGACUAACAACUAACCCGCUGUAGACUGUUCGGCUCCGCUAUGGGUGCAUUGUUCUUCAGGGGAAAUAAAAGCAAGCAUAAAAUUCUUUUAAAUAAAAAAGGGUUCAAUACAGCUACAUCUGCAUGUGUGGACAAAAGAAAUGGUACAAAAAAAAAAAAAAAAAUCACUAAUACACCCUUCACUAUAGGAUCAUCGCUCAAAAUCAUUUUAGAGACAUUGGGCCUUUGCUGACUUUGAUCGGAAGAGAGAAAAAAAAAUGCUCAAAUUAGGCCCGAUUAUUGUUAGGAGGUAGUUUAAAGUGGAGUCUCUGGAAAUGGGCAGAAUAGCCGCCAUAACGCAUGUGUGCAGUAAAGCAGUACGCUUGCCAUCUUGAGUUCUCCAGACGUUUUCGAGUGACAAGACACGAUUGGCGCCAGCGCCGGCUCGAGCUUCAGGGAGUUUCCGAAUUCCUACACGGCAAUGAUUCAGUUUCACGUCGCAAUCACAAAGUCCGCGAGUCGUCCGACUCUUACGAUUGUCGGCCCGGAUCGUAUUCCGAGCAGAUCGAGGAGAGAAAAUCACUGUUAACACACCCCACACCACGGGAUAAUCACUCAGGAUAAUCUUUCAGAAACAUCCAACAAUCAAGACUUUAGCCGAAUUUGAUCAGAUGACAGGAAAAAUCAUCAAAUUAGGCCCGAUAAUUGGUAUCGGUGCACCAAACAUUGGUGAGCUUAUAUAUGCUUUGACAAAUCCUUCAAAACACCUCGUUUUCAUCCAUUUUCACUGUCCCAAUGCUUUUGUCCAGAUAAUAUAUGUGUUUAAAAAUAUAAGCUACGAGGUUCGCGUACCAUCGUACGUUAGGAACCGAUACUUUUUGUGUGAGUCUCCUGCAUUCCAGUCACAGUGACAGUGUGACGUUUAAAGACUCGUCGGUUUUUUUCCCCCCUGCCUCCCCGGCAGGUUAAUCAUCCACAGACAAAGAUCUCCACGGGAUCUGCCAAGGUCUCCUCCGCCGAACGAGCGAGGGGCAAGUUCCGACAGAUCGACAAACAGGUCGCGCCCGUGCGACCGCCACAUAUCGCCUUGUUUCUAUUAUUUUACAUAAAAGUUACACAAGAGGAAGGCAUUUACUGAAAAGUAAAUCUUGGCUAUUCCCCCCCCCCCCCCCCCCCCCCCAAGUCUGACAAUGGCUACAUUGUGGCCUGUUUGUGCUGUGUUAUGUUGUAUCUUUGCCAAUAUCUCCGAUGUGUCCCGAACGUGCCUUGUGUUUCUGACCAAAAUGUAUCGCACCGUAUUUGAAAACAUUCACGCAAAAAAAAAAAAAAAAAAACAAAACAAAAAAAAAAAAGUGUAUACGUGUACUUUUUUUUUUAUUCCUUCUAUUGCGGGAUCGUAACUGUAAAAAACCGACAACAGAUGUGACUUGUCCAUCAGGGCCACUGUGACAAUUUCCAAAUGACGAUGACGUGAUGUCAAUAAAGACGUGUAUGAACGGUCUCGUUCUUGUCGUUAUCAUUUUUUUUAAUUAAACGCGGCAUUUGAUGGAUGAUUU